CUACUAGUAUAUUUCAACUUUUCCACACAAAUACACAAUGCAUAUAUAUUCUUCUCUUCUCCUUCUGUUUCUUUUCUUAUUUAUUUAAUUAAUUUAAUAAAUCAGUAAAUAUCAUGACAUCGACGUAACUAAUAUUUCUUAAUUCCAAUUCAACACAUACCUCAUCAUCACUCCCGUCCAACUCAAAUCAAUUCCACCGCCGCCGAUGGCCGUACCGCCGCCGCCGCGGCUGGCCGUCCUCCUCCUCCUCCUCCUCGUUUUGGUGGAGGACCACCCGUCGGAGGCUCAACAGAGCUACAUCAACAAGAAGCAGCUCGAUUGCAACAAAAACCACACCGCCACGCUCGGCUUCGUCUGCAACGGCGCCGCCUCUUCCUGCCCUUCUUUCCUCACUUUCCGGUCGACCCAGACCUACAACAACCCCGCCACCAUCGCCUACCUCCUCUCCGCCGACGCCUCCGAGAUCGCCGCCGCCAAUAAUAUCUCCGACGUCGACCCGCUCCCUCUCGACACUCUCCUCGUCGUCCCCAUCAAUUGUUCCUGCUCUCAAAGGUACUACCAACACAACGCAACGUACACCCUCAAAAAGCAAGGCGAAAAUUACUUCGACGUCGCCAACAUCACCUACCAAGGCCUAACCGCCUGUCAGGCCAUGGAAGCUCAGAAUCCGUACAAUUUCCAGAUGCUCAACGUCGGAAUGACCAUCACCAUUCCGCUCCGCUGCGCUUGCCCCACCCGCAAUCAGACCGCUGCCGGCUUCAGCUACCUUCUCACCUACCUCAUCCGUCAGGGAGAAACUUAUGAAUCCAUCGCUACCGCCUUCGCCGGCGCCGGAGCAGACGUCGCGAGCAUCCUCACCGCCAACGAGCUCUCCGCCUCCGACUUGAUCUAUUUCUUCACUCCACUUCUGAUACCGCUCAAAAUCGAACCUACAAAACAGAACAUCAACGCCGUAGCUCCGCCACCGCCGCCGCGCCCCUCCGCUCCGCCUCCAAACGCACCACCUGCGCAGGGCGGCGGUUCCGAUUCCAACAAGGGGAUUUUCAUCGGCGUUGGAAUUGGAGCCUCUCUCUUACUUCUUCUCACCUCAAUUUUGCUAUUUUGGUUCCUCUUCUACCGCCAUCGCCGCCAGCACCACAAAUCUCCACCUCCGCCUCCAUUACCGCCGAAGCUCAUAGACGAAUCCGGAGAAUCGACGACUAAAUCUCUCACCAGCUGGUCGUUAUCGUCAGAAGGCAUCCGCAGCGCCACCGAAACCCUAACGAUUUACAAAUUCUCAGAUCUGGAAAAGGCAACACAAUCCUUCUCCGAAUCCAACCGAAUCAACAACUCAUCAGUGUACCGAGCGUCAUUCAACGGCGACGAGGCGGCGGUGAAGAUAAUGAAAGGAGACGUGUCGCGUGAGAUCAACGCGCUGAGGCUGAUCAACCAUUCCCGCAUCCUCAGGCUCUCUGGCUUCUGCGUCCACGACGGCCUAACCUACCUUAUAUACGAAUACGCCGAGAACGGGUCCCUCUCCGAUUGGCUACACCCGGGACCCAAGCUCCAGCCCCUCCCCUGGAAACAGAGGAUUCAAAUUGCCUGCGACACAGCCGAUGCCUUAAACUACCUACACAACUUCACCACUCCUCCUUACAUCCACAAGAACCUUACAACCUCAAACAUCCUUUUGGACACCACAAUGAGAGCCAAGAUCACAAAUUUCGGCCUGUCGAGAACAUUCGACGCCGGCGGCGGAGACAACGAAGCCGUUAUUACAAGGCACGUCGUGGGGACGUACGGAUACAUGGCGCCGGAGUACGUCGAGAGUGGAUUGGUUACGCCGAAAUUGGAUGUUUAUGCAUUAGGGGUAGUGAUCCUCGAGCUGUUGUCGGGGAGGGAGGCCGUGGGAGGUGACCAAGCAGCGUUGGCCGAAGCCGUGGAGGAAGUGUUGGGUGCGGAGGAGAAUGUGAGGGAAAAGAUUCGGGAUUUUAUGGAUCCGUUGCUUGGGGAGGAUUAUCCGCGGGAGCUCGCCUACCCGGCUUUGCAGCUGGCAAGGAGCUGCGUCGAUCACACCAUGGAUGCUCGGCCUCCCGUCUCGGAGGUGUUGGCGGCUCUGUCGAAGCUUCUUAAGGCCUCGUUGCAGUGGGAUCCUUCGCGCGAUUCGUCGUCACUUGUGUUAGAUUGAAGAGGCUGGCUGCAUUAACUAGAGUCGUUCGAAUUUUGUUGUAUGGAUGCAUUAACGAGGGUAGUUCGAAUUUUAUUGGAGAUUAAGAAAUAAUAGUAUUUUAUUAAUUAGUAAAAGUGUCGAAGAGUUUUUAACAUUUU